AUGAUGAAGAUGACGAUGAAGGUGUUGAUGGAGGUGAUGAUGAAGAUGGUGAUGAAGGUGAUGUUGAAGCAGGUGAUUAUGAAGGUGAUAAGGAAGAUGAUGAUGAAGAUGAUGAUGAAGAUGAUGAUGGAGGUGAUAAUGAAGAUGAUGAUGAAGGUGAUGAUGAAGGUGAUGAUGAAGAUGAUGAUGAAGCAGGUGAUGAUGAAGAUUAUGAUGAAGGUGAUGAUGAAGCAGGUGAUGAUGAAGGUGGUGAUGAAGGGGAUGAUGAAGGUGAUAAGGAAGAUGAUGAUGAAGAUGAUGAUGAAGGUGAUAAUGAAGAUGAUGAUGAAGGUGAUAAUGAAGGUGAUAAUGAAGGUGAUAAGGAAGAUGAUGAUGAAGAUGAUGAUGAAGUUGAUGAUGAAGCAGGUGAUGUAG